ACAGUUGGGAAGCAAGAAGCUGAGGCACAGAUCCUUACCCAGCUAUCGGAAUCUCGGUUCAAAGAACAAGUAAUGUCUUCCUAUGCUUCUACACCUCUCUAGUUCUGAAUAGCAAGCAAGCAUAUAUAAUUGACUGUUGUGCUGCUCGAAGAGUCGAAGUUACGCCACUAGUUUUCCAACGUUUUAUUUGUUUCAAUAUAUCGUUUAAAUGGUGAAAUAUUGGGCAAAUGGGUGAGAAGCUACUCAAGUGGGUUUAGAUUAAUUGAACAAGAAUGGCUGCGUCUGUUCAUCUUGCUCCAGAGCUCUUCCCUCUUGUCAUUUCCAGGACAGGGAAGAAUAAUUUGAGACCUAAUAAAGAGUAUAAACUGCACUCCAGGUGUGCAUUACCUUCUGAAGGAGCUUCAUCAACUCGCCGACUUGUAGUAUAUGCGGGUGCUUCUAUCCUUGCGGUUCUCGCCACUAACUAUGGGCUAGUGCCAUUGCCUGUUUUGGCAGAUGACAAGUCAAAUGGUGAAGAGGAGAAGGAUGGAGUUUUAGGUGCUAUCCAGUCGCUGCUCGAAACCAAUACGAAAACGAAGUCUGGAAGAGUGUUGCCAAAGGCAUAUUUGAAGACUGCAAAAGAAGUUGUGAAGACACUGCGGGAAUCAGUACAGGAAGAUCCCAAGGAUAAUGCAAAGUUUAGACGUACUGCAGAUGCAGCAAAGGAAUCAAUUCGAGAGUAUUUGAGCAAUUGGAGGGGACAGCCAACGGUGUCUCAAGAGGAAUCUUAUGUCGAGUUAGAGAAAGCAAUAAGAUCAUUGGCCGGCUUUUACUCAAAGGCAGGACCAUCUGCCCCAUUGCCUGAAGAAGUGAAGUCAGAAAUAUUGAGGGAUUUAGAUACAGCUGAAAAGUUUUUAUGAGAUAUCAAUCAAAAUGUGAAAUUAAACUUUAGUUUU